ACUAGCAUCACUUCUCCUCUCGUGCUACUCUUGCCGGCGGUCUCCGAGGGAAUAUUCCUCACGGUUCGUCGACGGCCAGUCAGUGCGCGACUCGUCGUUGUUGCGACGGUUGGCGAGGAGGAGAGUGUUGUAUACGUGCCUUUCCGUGGAAAAUUAUGCUCGUGGCGGAUUGUCGUGCUCCUCGUCGACGUAGUGGCUCGUGUACCGCGAAUGAACGCUCAACACGAGCGUAGUUGUGAGAUUUUUAAUAUCGAUCAAAGAGCUGACGAAAAUAAAAAAAAAAGAUUAUCGAGUACACGAUCUGUCUACUAUAUUAUACAUAUAUAUACACACAUAGAGACAGAAAAAGAACCCGGAGAGAUAUUCAAAUCAUCAUCCAACGAAUAGAAAGAGAGAGGCGUCGCCCAAAGGAUCGCAAACCAUUAGUGUGUUUUUCAUAGAUCCUACGCGCAAAAAUAUUUAUCCCAUACCCUGUUCGAACGAAGCUGUUCUACGACUCUCGGCGUCCCACGGAUAAUGGAAUAAAGUGUGUCACAGUGUUCAGUGAUCGCGCGUGAUUUUCUAAUAUUCUCGCGGCUAUCGUGAUUACCUCUUUGCCACCGGAUAUACAUAAAUAUAAAUAAAUAUAUAUAUCAGCAUCAUUUUUUUCUAAGUGUAUUAUACAGUGUGCUACAGACCAGCAGAAGUGACCGCGCGAAUUAUCCGUGAGUUAGCUUCGUUUCGACUUUAUUUUUUUUUUUUUCAUUUUGCGUGAAGUAUAAGCCGGCCAAAGUUUUCUUCAAAUACAUAUUGAAACAAGGAUUACGUAUAUCGACACCUUGACGAAAUCGACCAACGAAAGAAGGAAAACAGUGUGUGUUGAAGGGAUACAGUAGCUCGUACCUUCUACGGUACGGUGGCUAUGCAGCCUCGCGAAAUUACGGCGAGGAGGUAACGCCGACGAGCACACCAGAGCACCACGGUCCACACACUUCCGCCGACGACGCAUCGGCGGCGUGUAAACAUCGAACGAAACAACCACCAAACAUGUGGACCACGAUGCUCGUGUGGACGGCCGCCGUCGUGCUUCUGCCAGCACCCCGAGCGGUAAAUGCUUCUGGGGUGUUCGAGUUGAGGCUGAAGUCAUUCGUGAACGAGUAUGGAAAAGACAGUCUUGGCAAGUGCUGUUCAGGCAGCACUUCCAAGACUGGUGAGUGCUCAGGCGUUUGUAAGACCAGGUUCAGGGUCUGCUUGAAACAAUAUCAAGUGAAGAUCGACACGACGACGCCGUGCACAUACGGCGACGUCGUCACACCCGUUCUGGGCGAGAACAUCGUUAAUCUCAGCCCCAAUGUCGCCAUUCCAGGCUUCACUAAUCCCAUCAGAUUUCCAUUCGACUUCACGUGGCCGGGCACAUUCUCGCUGAUAGUGGAGGCUUAUCACGACGCAGACAACACGACACAACACUCGAGCGAGAAAGUGUUGAUAACCAGGCUGACUACGCAAAAGUGGUUGGACGUCGGGCCAAAUUGGACCGAGGACGAGUACAGGAGCGCCCACUCGAAGAUGGUGUACGAGUACAGGGUGACUUGCGUGGCGCAUUAUUACGGGAAGGGUUGCGAGAACCUGUGCAGGCCGAGGGACGACAACUUCGGUCAUUACAGCUGUAGCCCGAGCGGGGAGCGCGUAUGCCUCUCUGGAUGGAAGGGCGACUACUGCAAUACCCCCCGCUGCCUGCCCGGAUGCGACGAGCAGCACGGACACUGCAAUCGACCCGACGAAUGCUUAUGCCACAACGGUUGGAAGGGAGCGUACUGCGACCAGUGCGUGAGAUAUCCAGGCUGCCUUCACGGUAGCUGCCAGAAACCCUGGGAGUGCCUCUGCGACGAAGGCUGGGGCGGACUGUUCUGCAACCAGGACCUCAACUACUGCACGAAUCACAAGCCCUGCUUGAACGGCGGCACCUGCUUUAACACCUUUAACGGCCAGGGUUUGUACACCUGCUCGUGCGCGCCAGGUUUCAACGGCACUAACUGCGAGAAGCCGCUUUUGGAUUGCGACUCGAACCCCUGCCUGAACGGUGGAUCGUGCACCAUGGACCCGCCCUAUGGAAAUUCUAGCCUGAUCAAAACAUCGGAAUCUUCCUCCUCCUCCUCUUCAUCUUCAUCAUCAUCGUCGUCGUCAUCUACUUCGCCGUCGUCGUCGUCGUCGUCGUCUACUAGGCAACAUUAUCGCUGCACCUGUCCACCAGGUUGGCGAGGUAGACACUGCGAGAUCAGCUCGAGAUCCUGUCAAGAUUCUAAUAAAUCUGCAAGUAUAAUAGUAGAUGUGGAUUGUACAUCGAAUGAAAAAGAGGUUAUGUUAAAGAGAUCUUUGUUGCAAAAGCCGACUCUUGAACGAGAUGUAAUGAACUUCAAUUAUGACGCUGCCGCGUUUCCAUGGGACUGA